GUAUUGUAGAGUCUUUUUGUCCAGGUACAGAGUGGUGGAGCCAGCACAAUGUGCGGCCUCUGCCCUUGGUAUGGUAUAAAUGGUGGACCUCCAGAGCAAUGCCACUGUUUAUUUAACUGUGGAUGAUGGCAGAGAGGAGGUUUUUGCUACAACUUGUGUGGCUGUUUUUACUGGGUCUUACACUGGAGACAGCUUACACUCAUGCCUUCACCCACAGACGCCUCCAGCAGCACAAAAUCCUUCAAUUGGACUGGCCCAAGGAGUGUGGCCUGGCUUACUUCAAACCACACACCACAGAACGCAUUGUAUCAGGCAAUGAAGCCAGACCCCACUCAUGGCCAUGGCAGGUCUCACUGCAGGUUCGUCCUCGAGGAAGCAAGCACUAUCUCCAUGUGUGUGGUGGGACCCUGAUCCACAAAAACUGGGUGCUCACUGCAGCCCACUGCUUCCAGAAGGGUAAAGAUGAAGAUGCAGGUAAUUGGCGUAUUGUUUUGGGGAAGCACCAGCUGAAAAAAAGUGAAGCAGUCGAGCGUAUUUUCCCUGUGAAGAGAAUCUACAGACACGAGCAUUUUCGCUACCCAGUGCACAGUGAUCUGGACUAUGACAUAGCUUUGGUUAAAGCAGGCACAGACAUCCUGCCCAGCAACUUUAUCCGCUACGCCUGCCUGCCGCGCAAGCAGAUCAGUCUAAAACCUGGCCAUUACUGCUGGGUGACUGGCUGGGGGGACACCCGGGGUGGGAAAGAUAAUGUGUCAUUGGCUGAGUCACUAAACCAGGCCCGUCUGCCCAUCAUCGACCACAAAACAUGCCGGCAGAAGAAAUUUUGGGGAGACCGUGUGAGGGAGUCCAUGAUCUGUGCUGGCUUUAGAGAUACAGGGGGACCUCCUGCUGCCUGCCAGGGAGAUUCAGGUGGUCCUCUAAUGUGUCAGGUGGGCGAGGAUCGCUGGGAGGUGCGUGGGGUAGUGAGCUUCGGCCCCGUCGGAUGCACAGUGGAAAAUAAGCCCAGUGUCUUUACUCGCACUGCUGCUUACAUGCCCUGGAUUGAGGCCACUCGCAUCAGGGACUUCUUUUUCUAUUGAUCUUCCUGUUUUCAGUGAGCACCAAGUCCAACUCUAAGGGGUAUACAAUUGUGGAGUGGCCAUUAAAAAAAAAAAAAUGUUGUGUUGUCUGUGUGUUUUUCUUACUA